GGCGGUCCAUGCUGCAGUUUCUAGGCUGUCUUCUCAAUGAGCUCAUCAACCUCCUCCUCCAAGGAGGGAGGUGGCUGAAGCUUUGGCUAUUGCUGCUGGGUGGGUGGUUUCCAUCCUCAGCACCGCCAACCAAAAGAAAGGUGGGGGGAGAGCAUCUGCUGAUGUUGUGCUGUGAAGCAAUCUCAGUAGAAGGGAAAAUGGAUUCAGCUUGCAUAUCCUUCGCCUUUCAACAUCUUCCCUUGAUUUCAACAUGGACUGCCCAAAGAGCUGAUGAGGGGAUCUUUACGAAUGUUACACAGUAGAUGCUGAGACAACUUGGAUGGAAAGAAAUAAAAAAUGCCUGUUCCUGUUUGAAAAAGACUUCUCACGCACAGACUCGCAAUAGCAAACAGCCAUGUCAAAAAAAGGACGCAGCAAGGCUGAAAAGCCUGAGGCACUGAUUAUGUCCUUACAAGCUGCCAAUGAAGAUCUCAGGACCAAGCUAACAGACAUUCAAAUUGAGCUUCAUCAGGAAAAGUCUAAGGUCAAUAGGCUUGAAAGGGAGAAAACCCAAGAAACGAAGCGAAUCCGGGAGCUGGAGCAGCGCAAGCAGACAGUUCAGAUCACUGAACUGAAAGCAAAGCUCCAUGAGGAAAAGAUGAAGGAGCUGCAGGCUGUGCGAGAAAAUCUCAUCAAACAGCAUGAGCAAGAAAUGGCACGGACAAUGAAAAUUAGGGACAGUGAAAUCCAGAGGCUCAAGUCAGCACUGUAUGCAUUGCGGGAAGGGAGCAGUGACAAAGUACGGACAGCACUAACCAUUGAGGCUCGUGAGGAGGCCAGGAAACAAUUUGACUCUGAGCGCCUUAAGCUUUUGCAGGAAAUCACUGAACUGAAGUCUGCCAAAAAGCAGGUAGAUGAAGCCCUUAACAACAUGAUCCAGGCUGAUAAGAUCAAAGCUGGGGAUCUUCGGAGUGAGCAUCAGUCCCAUCAAGAAGCAAUCUCCAAGAUCAAAUGGGAGAGCGAAAGGGAUAUUCGCAGGCUGAUGGAUGAGAUCAAAGCAAAAGACAGAAUAAUCUUUUCCUUGGAGAAAGAGCUGGAGACCCAGACUGGCUACGUUCAGAAGCUCCAGCUCCAGAAGGAGGCUUUGGACGAACAGCUCUUCCUAGUAAAGGAAGCCGAAUGUAACAUGAGCAGUCCUAAAAGAGAGAUCCCAGGCAGAGCAGGAGAUGGCUCUGAACACUGCAGCAGUCCUGAUCUACGCAGAAACCAGAAGAGAAUGGCAGAACUCAAUGCUACUAUACGGAAACUUGAGGAUAGGAACACGCUGCUUGUGGAUGAAAGGAACGAAUUGCUGAAACGUGUGCGGGAAGCUGAAAAACAAUGCAAACCUCUCCUGGAAAGAAAUAAGUGCCUCUCCAAGAGAAAUGACGAACUCAUGCAGUCGUUACAACGCAUGGAGGAUAAACUUAAAGCAAUCACAAAGGAAAAUUUAGAAAUGAAAGAAAAAAAUACAUCACAUCCUCCUCUGAAGAAAUUAAAGUCUCUCAAUGACCUAGAUCAAGCUAAUGAAGAGCAAGAAACUGAAUUUUUGAAGCUUCAGGUUAUUGAACAGCAGAACAUAAUUGAUGAGUUGACAAGGGACAGAGAGAAACUUAUUCGGCGCAGGAAGCAUAAAAGAAGUUCAAAACCAAUUAAAAGGCAUAUAUUGGACACUGUUUAUGGGGGUGACGAUGACUCCAUGGACUCUGAAACGUCCUCCAUGGCUUCAUACAGGACAGACAGAACACCAGCAACUCCAGAUGAAGACCUGGAUGAAAGCUUAGCGGCUGAAGAAUCAGAGCUGCGAUUUCGACAAUUAACAAAGGAAUAUCAGGCCCUGCAGAGAGCAUAUGCAUUACUGCAAGAGCAAACCGGGGGUAUCAUAGAUGCUGAACGGGAAGCCAAGGCACAAGAGCAGCUCCAAGCCGAAGUCCAAAGAUAUAAAGCUAAAAUAGAAGAUCUGGAAAAAACACUGGCACAGAAAGGACAGGACUCCCAUUGGGUAGAAGAUAAGCAACUAUUUAUUAAGAGGAAUCAGGAGCUUUUGGACAAGAUAGAAAAACUGGAUGCAGACAACAAUCGAUUGCAACAGGAGCUGCAGGAUGCCAGAGAUCAGAAUGAGCUGUUGGAGUUCCGAAAUUUAGAGCUUGAAGAAAGAGAAAGAAGGUCUCCACCAUUUAAUCUCCAGAUCCAUCCAUUCUCUGAUGGUGUAAGUGCUCUGCAGAUCUACUGCAUGAAAGAAGGUGUCAAGGAUGUUAGCAUUCCAGACCUCAUAAAGCAGUUAGACAUCUUGGGCGACAAUGGGAAUUUAAGAAAUGAAGAACAAGUGGCCAUAAUUCAAGCUAGUACCGUAUUAUCCCUGGCAGAAAAGUGGAUACAGCAGAUUGAAGGGGCUGAAGCAGCUCUGCACCAGAAGAUGAUGGAACUGGAGAGUGACAUGGAACAGUUCUGUAAAAUAAAGGGUUACCUAGAGGAAGAACUGGACUACAGGAAACAAGCUCUUGACCAAGCCUAUAUGAGAAUCCAGGAGCUUGAAGCUACCUUGUACAAUGCUUUGCAGCAAGAAACAGUGAUAAAAUUUGGAGAGUUGCUCAAUGAGAAACAGCAGGAAGAACUUAGGACAGCUGUAGAAAAAUUAAGAAGGCAGAUGCUGAGAAAAAGCAGAGAAUAUGAUUGCCAGAUCCUACAGGAGAGAAUGGAGUUGCUUCAGCAGGCACACCAGAGGAUCCGAGAUUUAGAAGAUAAAACUGACAUCCAGAAGAGACAGAUCAAGGAUUUAGAAGAAAAGUUUCUCUUUCUGUUCUUGUUCUUCUCUCUUGCCUUUAUUCUUUGGCCUUGAUGUCAAUGUGCCUCCGGGGAAGAGUGAUUGACUACACAGAAAAGUCCUCAAAAGGGCAGAUGCUUCCAAACCCAUGAAGAAGAUAACACUGUUUACAACCAUUUCAAAACAAAGCAACACUCUGUAGCCAAGACCACACCCAUCAUGUAGUUUAAAGCCAUUAUCCGAGUUUUGUUACUUGACAGUUCCUGUCUAAAGCUACAAUAUAUGCUGCACUUAAUUAAAUUCUAUAAGGAGGAGAAGACUAUCCCAUCAGCAUAUAUCACAGAAGAAUUAAUUUUUUAAGAUAAAGAAUCAGCAAGAAACCACAUUCAGCAGAUUGAGUGAAGGUAUGUCAGGCAAGGAACCAAAGUUACUAUGAACAAUCUAUCCCUGCUGUGCAGGGGGAUUAUUUUAAACAUAACACCAACUUCCCAUGAAAGUCUUCAGUAAUAAAGGGGACAGAGCAGAAGAAACCUAUUCAGAACUCUUAAGGGGACAAUGACAAUACAGUCCUUUUGGAAAGUCUGGCUUUCUUAUAUACAGGGACUCUUUUUCUCUCUCUGAUUUUAAACUCAGGAACAAUGACAGCUGCAAUGUGAACAAAAGGAAAAAUGUACUCUGUUUUGUUUCAUAAUGGGUGGAACUUGGCAAUGGGAUAGAUAUAGUUGGAACAUUAAUCUACUGCUGCCUGCAGUAGCAAGGAAAGGAAGAGUGUGGAUGAUCAAAGUAGUGAGAACUGCUGACAAUGCUCUUGAGGAUUGCUAACCAUGCUGUAGCCUUAUCUGUUGUCAGGAUCCUUCCAGGAAGGACAGCGUGUUAAACGUGUUUGUUACAUCAAAUGAAGAACUGCAAGAAUGCAACACUCAUUUCACUAACUGUUUAGUGUAUCUUCAGUAACUGGAAUGGGGUGGAAAUUUUUUCAGACUAAGAAAUAGUUGUGUCAGAGAGGAAGCAAAUGCCUGUUCAUCCAACCUCAACUUCCAGAAGAGUAUCUGCAUCCAUUCAUCUGUUAAAUGACCAGAGAAAUACUUAUAAACUAUUUCUUUUUCCUUGUCAUGGUUGUUUUCUCAGUUGGCUGCAUGAACCAAAAUGGCAAAAUCUAGGGCACCCUGUCUUAUCUUACUCACAUGUGACAAAUGCAUAUCAUGCUGUUGAGGACAGGCUUGAGCUCAUAAUUAAGGUCUGCCUUAAUGCAGCAUUUAUCUUCCAGUUUACAAUACAUUCCACUUGGUUUUGCAGUGUUUCCUAGAAAUCGUAGCCCUUGCAUAUGCAGAUUCCUGUUUAGAGUCAUUGAUUUGAAUUCAGAGUAGUUCUGAUUACUGGCAACUUGCACCGAGGGCAAAGUUCAUCCCUGUCCUGAGGGCGCCAGCAGUAAAGCCUGAUUCCAUUAGUCCUAGAAGACUAAUGGAAUAUUUGUCCUAGAAGAACCCCAGCUCUGUUCCCAGAAGUCCCCAGUGACUUGCUCUUUCAUUUCAGUAUUUUAUGCCUCUUCCUCUCCCCUUGUAGACAACAAUGGGUUAUCUCUCUGUGCACUUGCUCAAUUUAAAUAAAUUCUAGAAAGUUUAAUAAAGCAAGCAUAGAACUUGCUUGCAGUUGUUUGACCCUAAAGUACUAUAAAUAAUAAUGAUGGUCAACAAAAGAUUUGCACUAUGGGGCUGUUCACACGACCAUGCUUGUAGGCAGGCAGAUGGGCGGUGGAGUGGGGGGAGGUAGGGUUCAACCUACCUGCCCCAGAUGAUCGUGUGCAGCCCCUGUGGCGCACAAGCUGUGUGCCCACGUGACCAAAGCUGCCGGGAGCAGCAUGUAAAACAGAGGCCGGGAAUCGAGAUUCCAGCCUUCAAGUAUCCCACAGUGCAUCACGUGCCAAGCACAGUGCGCUGGGGGAUUGCCCCAGGGGUCUCUGUGUCAAUGCCAGCUGCAAGCAGCUCCUGCUGACAUAUGAUCCUGGGAGCCGGGGGCACAUUUUCACCCUUAAGAGCCAGGCUUUGGCGCUGGGAUUGGUGCCACAGCACCACUGGGGUCCAUGCUGAUCUUGGCAGUUCUCACACAGGCAGCCAAGCCUAAGUCUGGGCUUGGCUGCUCAUGAGAACAGCCUCUGUGUAUGGCUCAGCAUUCAGAACUAGGCUUUGUGAAGACAUACAGCAAAGCCUGUAGUUCUGGAAUGCUGGGAUGCUGCAAGAGCACUUCAAGCACCCGCUGCCUCUUCACCAUGCCAUCAUGCCUCAUUUCACAACACACCUUUACAGCUUCUCACUCCUUUAUUCUCCUGAACCUGCCCUCAUGUUAGCUUCUUGAAAAGUCAAGGUCUUCCUUUGAGUUCCUCAUACAGUCAAGAAAAUCUAUAUUGAAAGGAUGAGCAGCACUCUCACAUACAAUGGCUGCAUGCCUCCACUUCUUCUCUUGCAUCAUGGUGGUGUGUUUUUGUUGUUGUUGUUGUUUUUCUUUUGGCUGAGUUCAUGGAAGCAGCACCUUAAAAAGUACAAGAUUUUAAGGAAUCGUGUCACUGGGCAGCUUUUUCUCUGAGGUGUGUACCACAUAGAUUUCAGCAGCAAUUUUCAGAUGCUUUGACUUUAAUCUGCCAAGAUGGGCCACACAACUAGCCACCAAAUUAACCAACUAGCCACUUUAGUUCACCAAGAUGGGCCACAUAACCCUAUGGUUAAUUACAGUCAUCCAGUGGUGUGGUCCUUGGCUUCUGAAAUAGUUUUGUUUAGCUGUUGCCAAUCUUCUGUUCUGUUUUGCAUUGUUCUAACGUAGGGCAAAAGACUGACAUGUUGAAUGACACAUUACAUUACUGCAAUGCAGUUUCAUUAUACAUUACAACCCUGGGCUAAGGGGAACUGGUUUAGUUAUACCAGCCAAAUAGUUAAUUUGGUCUGUUUCUAAAGGACUUCUAUCACUUUUAACAUCUAAAACUUACAGAAGAGAUGCUGCAUAACUCUAAAACCUGCCUAGAUUAAGAAUUUUCUUCAUACUGCUUGCCUUCAAGCUACAUCUCCCAGCAUGCAUUGCUCCAGCCCUAUGGUUAAUUACAGGCGAUACUGUAUCUAAGAUCAUAUAUCUCUAACUGAGACAGGUUCCUCAGGUGUCACUUCUCCCUUCACAGUUCUGGACAGAAAGGAUAAUACCACCUGGGCACUUUCCAGAUUAACCCUUACCACAGUGUCACUACAGAUCUGCAAAUUGUGCUUCCAUACUUCCUGUGUUGUGACACUGAAGUUCCUGCGCUGACAGCAAGGUGCCGUUCACAUUUCUGAUGCCUUACUUUGGAUUUUAUCUUUGUGAUUUAGUGCUACAACGUUGCAAGUCCGUUGCAGAAAAAUAGCUGUAUUUUUCCGUUGUAGGAGUUUGAGAUUCUGGGGGUCAUUUUCAAUACGAUCCUGCCAAGCCGAAACAUUUUACUAGGGUGUAAUCUGGAAAGCGCCCUGCUGGACAUAAAGAUUUUGAUCCUUUAAAUGACUUUCAAAUUUUCUGGCUUCAGGGAGAUCUAUCCACCUUUCUUGUCCCCUAAUGAACCUCUGCAUGUCUGCCACAGAACACCAACAAGUUCCUGAUGAUUCUGAGAAGUGUUCUAAGGUGCAUAGUCAGUUCGUACAGGCCACUGAGCAGGCCUGUUGAGUUUCACAGCUGCUCCAGGUGUGAGUUGAGAAUACACCUUAGUGGACACCCAGCACUGCCCUGUGGCUGCAGUUUUAUGGAACAAUCAGUAUUGGUGAGAAUGAGAAAGCUGUCUUAUAUUUGUCUUGUCAUUAAAAAAAAGCUUUGCAGGUUUGGAUUGAACUGUUAAGGUGUGCGUUGUAUUUCUGCUUAUUAUGGAGGGCACUGUAACAUCAUAGUUUGUAACAUCAUUGUAAUGUCAUAGUUUGAGGGGAAACAACAUGCUUUCCUAUCUGGUUCUUUUCACUGCUUCCUGUCAUUUCAUUUCUCUGCUUCUUACUUAUUUGAUCAAUGGUGACCUAUAAAAAGUGUGGCUAGAGAUUGCUUCCCAGUGUCAAAUCUUAACUCAGUCUCAAGAACCUUGAAUGGAUUAUUGUUGCUUGCACUGCAAGAGACUAAAUAGCACAUGCAAGAAGUCUAGUAUCUGGUCUUGCUUUUUUCCAUUUCUGCACAAAAAAUAGCCCUAUUCAGACAUUAUACUGUGCAAGCAUACAGAUAUCUGUACACUCUUACAUGUUUUUGUGUGAAUGAAUGUACCUGUGUUCAUUUUAGAAGUGAGCCUGGGUACAGGCCCCCAGGUGCAUGGUACAAAUAGGAAGUAUCAGGGGUGUAGUUAGGGGAGAGGGGGCCCGUGUUUGCCACCCACCCCAGCAGCCCCUUGGAGUGAGGGAUGUAAUGAAGAAAAUUGGGAGGGGUGGAGUUGGGGAGCUGGAGGGCCCGGGUUCUUUGAACCCAUCUGCUCAAUUAUAGCUACGCCCCUGGGAAGUAUACUGCCGUAUCUGUGUUUUAGCGCAACAUGUGAAUAACUGUUCCUGUGUACCAAUCUGUACCUGUGUGCACUGCACACUAGUAUGAGUGUUCAGCAUAAUGUCUGAAUACGUCUAAUUUCCUGACUUCAGUAUUGAAACAGAAUUAUUUUUGUCUAUGAAGUUCUUGAGGUGUUUUUUUUUUCCAAGUUAGAGCAAGGAUAUGAAGAAGCACAUAAAGAUUUUCUACCUGCAGAAUCAUUCUGUAAUUUUCUUUGGAACUAUUACCUUUGCUUAAUGCUAACUCAAGAGGCUGUUGGAUUACUUAUACUUAUGCAAUGCCUUUCAGUCUUUGUGUUAUUGCACAUUCUAACACCCCACCAUUUGCUCCUUUCCCUCUUUAUAAAUUAAUUUUCUAGCCUUUUGCUGAAGAGGAAAUGCUAGAACAGAGUUUUUACAAUUAAACUUCAUAUAGGAUGAAUAUAGCCAACACUUUAUCAUUCAUAAUGUGCAUGUAACCACUUAUUGGUAGGUUGUCUUCUGUAAUGUACUUCUAUGUAGGGAGAAGAACUUUACAUUUUCUGAUUCCCCAGAUUUCUAAGUGGGUAGAAAAUGUGGUAGAACUCUUGUCACCAUCUGGAAGACCUUUACAGACAACUAGCUUAUCAAAUUGUUACAUGGAUAGCAAUAUGUUACCAUUUCUUAAAAGAUUGUCUAUGCUCACUAGCUCAGACCACCUCCUUUUCCCCACGAAAACAAAUUCUGAAUUCCAAUCCACGUUUAGUGUCACGUCAUCAGUGGUCUAAUGUUUUUGUACAUUUCAUUAGAUAUUUCAGAACUCCCUAUACUGUAUGCUUGCCAGAGCCCAUUCUGGCUAGACCUUUAUUAUUAUUGUUAUUUAAUGUUAUACUGCUUUUCAACAACAACAAAAGCUCACAAAGCAGUUUACAUAACAAAAGGAGUGAGAAAGUGAUGCCCUGUCCAAAAGAUGCUCACAGUCUGCAUAGAAAGACAAGGAAGGCACUAACAACAGUCGCUCGGGGAGACACUAUGUUGGAUUGAAUCAGAAUAGUCCAUCUGCCCAUACUAAAUAGGAAAGCUACCAUAUUAAAAGGUGCCUCUUGCCCAGUUAUUUGAACUGUAAUGUGGCAGGGAGAAAUGUAAAUGCUGUUCAAUCUACCAUAGAAGCACUGAACUUGAUGACCAUGUAUUUGAGAUAUCAGAUCAAAGCUCUGAAACCCUGUCCAAAAUGAGAUGUGGAAAUAAUGGCAGAGUGUUUUCUGAAAUCUAGCAAAAUAUAUACAUUCAUUGGUGGCAUGUUCCUAGAGAUAAUUUUUUGUUUUUCUGUUUCAGGGAUUUGGAGAGAGAAAUGGAAAGGGGACAAAUUGAACAUGCUCAAUUAUUUUUAUUUUUGUGUGAGAGUAACUACUGUGAUCUGAGAAGAGAGUAAAAUACAGCUGAUAGAAUUAACCUUUUAUAGUAAUUGUUCAUAUUGCACAUGUUCAAGUUGGGUUUGUCCUUGUAAUUACUUGAGUUUCCUGUUUCCUGUUUCAUAAAGGAGAGAAUGUUGUUCAUCCCAUUAGUCCCGAUUUCCAUUGCAAAACACGCACACAAAUUAGUUCCUAAGACAGUCUUCUAUUUCCCCUCUGUAGUGGUGAUGCAAUAUUUGCAGUUUAACACAGGAGUGGCUCUUGGGAUACAUUGCACUGUUCGUGAUUACAUUCCCAGAAUCUUUAAUGAGCAAAUAAUUGUGGGAGUGAUACAUAGGCACAAAUAACAUUGAUGGCAUCUUAUCCAGCUUAUAGCUUUUCUCAGACAUGGAAAGGAUUUUGUGGUUUAGGAAAUCUGGUAUAGGAAAUUGUAAGCAUUCAUUUACACAAGAUUAAGACCCUUCAGAAUCUUGCAACAGCAACCUAGGAAGCUGCAGUAGAACUUCUUUUCUAUAUAAAAUCUUUGGAUGUCUUCUGCCACUUUGGGGGUUGUGCAUCACAUCGACUCUAUAAUUGGGUCUGAGAUUAUGCAAGCCUUAUCAGAGGAUUUUCCACUUAAAACUAUUCCAAUGAAAAAUUCCUCUGAUAUCAGGAAACAAUUGGAUACAAUACCACAUCAUAUUGGUAUUGUAUCAAAUUGAAUCAGACUGGAGUGUGCUGGGGCUUACAUUUAGUGAAGAUCCAGCUUCUGUGACAAGAUUGGCCAUCUGCAGCAGCAGGGUUUAAAAUUCCCAUGUUUCCUUGCCUGGUCUCACCUUACAAUGCACCAGAAACAGAAAAUAGAUAUUUUGUCCUUUUCCUGGUGCAUUACUGGAGGUAGAUUGACGCACCCUGUAACUAUAGGGUGCAGCAAUUUUUUUUCCAAGUAAUGCACCAGGUAAAGGACAUGAUGUUGCUUCCUUUCCUGAUGGAAUUAUGUGAUGAGACCAGACAAGGAAAGGUAAGGUAAAGGUAAAGUGCAUCGUCAAGUCGAUUUCGACUCCUGGCACCCACAGAGCGCUGUGGUUUUCUUUUGGUAGAAUACAGGAGGGGUUUACCAUUGCCUCCUCCCAUGCAGUAUUAGAUGAUGCCUUUCAGCAUCUUCCUAUAUCACUCCUGCUGGAUGUAGUACCAGCAAGGAUUCGAACUGGCAACCUUCUGCUUGUUAGUCAAUCAUUUCCCUGCUGCGCUAUUCAGUGGCAAAGGUAAGGAUUCAAAACAUUGCUGCUGCUGCAGGCAGCCAGUUUCAUCAAGGAAGCCAGAUACUCUCUAAAGAUAACCCCACCCACCCCCAACUCCGCCAUCCCUCCAAGCCCAAUCCAUUUGGCUGAUACCUAUGAUUGGCUUGCUGUGAUCCAGGCCAUCCCUUGCAUCAUUAGCACAAUGUGAGAAUGGACUAGAUCAAGAUCAGCCCAGUAAUUCAGGCCAGGGACAGUCCUACCAUUUUUGCUAUUUAAAAAGUGCACAUUAUCACAGGAAUGCUUCCUAAAUGCCCAGUUCUGCACUUUAAAGCACUAGUGCCAUAUGAAAAUUUGCUCUGUGCACCCACGUCUCAGUAAUCACAGGUAAUGUUAAUUAUUUCCAUGAGCACUAUGUCCAAUCAAAACCAAUCCAAAUCUGAAGAGCUUGUACCUUUGUCGGAUAAGGACUAUCUAACAUAAUUUUUAUGCUUACUCAUGUUUAUGCUUAAUAUAAACCAUCUGUUCUGGACUGUUGCAGAUAUCACCAGAUAACUUGUAAUUUAUAUGCCCAUGUCAUUCAGUUUGAUGUACUUUUGCCACUUGGGAUUCUCAACACUGAGUGCUCAGAUUUGAUCACAAUAAAGGCCUAUGGAAACGGGUCUUUGCUUGUUAUAAGAUACAUUUGUAUUCCCACUUAAAUUAAUAGCUACAUUCUCAUGUAUUCCAGUGUUUUCCCAGCCCUUUAAUGGCAUGGGAAGAUGGGAGUAAUUAAGAUGAUGUUCCACAACAUUCUUAGCAUGCUGGUUAAGCAUAUAUGUUAUCAGCUCUGUCUUUGGUAUCGCAGUCUGCUCUUUGUGUAUGCAUGUCCAUUCCACUUUCUUCUAAUACAUACAGCCAAUCCUUUUAUUAAGGAUAUGGAGGCAGAUGGAUAAUCCCCAGCCCCUUGGUGAAAAUUUGUUAUGGCAAAGAGUGGUUUCUGUGAGAUUUGUUUGAGAUACUUUGGAGGGGAAUUAUCUGCUUUUCUGACUCCUCAGUGUAACACAAUUUGUGCCUAAUAUCCUCUUCUUGACACUGAUUCUGCAAACCCUCUACAGAUCAAAAUGAGUUCACCUUAAAAAUAUGUGAUUAAGUAAAUACAUACACACCUUGUUGUACAUAUAUCUAUCUCCAAUGUAUAUAGUAGGAUGCUGUUAGAUCUUAUAAAAGUGUACUUCCAACUCUGAAUGAGGAUGUAAGGCCAGGGUGUUUCAAAGGUAACUCCUGGUGAAUUUGGUGACAAAUCUGCAGUUGUGUAUCUGAUGAAACUGGCGUCAUGGUGCCAUUCUGACACAGGAGGCUUCUAUGCAUGUUUAGCUAGGCCUAAUGCAUCUCAGAAGUCUACAGAACUGGCCAGAACAUCCUAGUAAGUUCUAUGGUGGAAUCCGGAAUUUCAAAAUGGGUUCCUGGAAUAUUUGAGAUCCACUGAAUAUUUCUUAUAGUGAAGUCAGAUGAUUCCAUCCAUCUCCACUCGAUCCUCAUGUUUCAGUUUGGCAUCUCACUGACAAAUGUGUUUCCCUUUACUGUCAGUGCCCUGUCGCUCUUUUCCUACAUUUUUCAGCCAUGUGAUCCCUCUGUUUAAUUGACAGAAAGUAUUGAGAAAGACCCCUCAGAUUAACUUUAUGCAGUGCAGGUAAGGGCAAAGUGCUUUGAGUGGUAAACACUGCACAACAUACAGUCUCACACAAUAUUCAGCAGUAUUAUUAUCCGCAUAGGUCACAACUAUUCUUUUGACAUACCAAAAGGGCACACUACAUAGAUUACUUCUUAGUAUAGUAAUUUUUUUAAAAAAAAAUUCUCAGCUUAAGGGCAAUGUGAAAGUACACUGACCCAUGUUUUAUAGCUACUUCCCUCAUAGACACAAAUAAAUCUGAUGUAGAUUUAACUAAAGGUUUAUUCAAAAACACCUCAAUUUUCUCCUUCUUCCCGCCCUUUUUCUUUCUGACUCUAUCCCACACACACACACACACACACACUCUCUCUCUCUCUCUCCAGUAUCCCCACUGGGACAAACAUCUCAACAACACAACAUAAAUGAUUAAUAGAUAGAAUACAACAACCCACCAAAGUGUUCCUGCUAUAUCCUAUUUUGGCUGAGACCCUCUCUAUCCCGCUGAGUUCAGAUUCAGCAAAUUGCUCAUAUACUUGACAGAGUUCCACUUUUCUUGUAAUUGCAUUUACCUGUAUAUAACUUGCUCCCAUUUUUGUGUCUAUAUAAUUGCAGAAAAGAACUGUAAAUUAUUUGGCAGAAUGACCCUUUGAUAAACACUGCUGGCCAUGUAUAUGUACUGUAUGUAUUAACGUGUAGAUGAGAAUCCUUAUUGUAUGUAAAGUUUUAUGAAUGGUUAUUUUUUAAUUUAUGUAUUUAAUAUAGGAUUCAAUGACCUCUGGUGUUUUAGUUUGUAUAACAAAAAUAAAACAGCAGCAUUUUUUAAAAUUUCACUUUACAUUAAUGGAUUAUUAUCCACAACCUAGUUGAAAUCUGUUUUAAGAUAAUACACAAACAGAGCAAUAAAAUAAAGAAACUGCUUCCUUCCACAAGCUAAAUUAUCACAGGAAACUGAGUAGAAUGUUACAACAGACGCUAUCUAGAGUUUCAUUUGUGCAGUGCUCAUCAGGGAUCAGCCACAGUAUUUGUUUUCAGCACUAGGACUAAGUCCUGAAAUAUAUAAACAAUAAUAAAGACAUGUGCCUCUGAA